AUGGCGGCGUUUGGCGCGGCUCUGGUGACCCCGGUGCUGCUGGAGUUUGGCGCACUGAAGUGGCUCCUGGAGCGCUUUGGCUUUCAGAAGGUCUUCGAGGUUGAAGUGCCCAAGGAUGACGGCAAAACUGUGAAGCUGCAAGCCUCCCUGGAGCUCUAUUUGACGCUGCUGGCUCGGGUCGCCUUCCCAGACAGCCUCUCCACCUGCCCCGUGCCUUUCUUGGAUACGGACAGGGGCCUUUGCGUCUACGAGAUCCCCAUGCUGGGGCCCUUGGCGGAUCUGCCCUUCGUGGGCGGCAACGCGGCAGCCCUGGUGGCCCGGAAGCUUCCUGAGGGCCAGGACUUUGAGCAUCCGCUGCGCUGA